CUUGAAAAGUCAUCUUUCUUCAUGGUUCCAACCCCCACCUUUGCUCCCGAAUUUUCUAAGUCCGAACUACCUCCCUCUCAAACUACCAACACCAUGCAGCCCACUACCCCAAAGAUUAUUUGGGAUGAAUAUGAUGACGAGGACUAUAAUCCCAUUUGGGAUGAAGAACUUGUCAAAGAGAAUGAAGAAGUGUUUGAAGACGCAGAGGAUAACCCGUUUUGGGUUACAGAGAUGAAAGAAGAAGAACAGGACGAGAAGACCCACGAGGAAGUCGUCACUCCUGACUCGGAAACCUCCGCUGGAGACCUAUCUUCAUUAACGGUACCUUGUACCAAACGUGUUGAGCUUUUGCAGGUCCCGUAUAAAGAGAGGAUUGAGAAGAGUCGUGACUCGAAAUGGUCCAUUCAGCCCGGCGACCUAGUAUGGGUUCACGUUCAUAAGGCGCGUUUAUUUAAUAAACGCAAGUCAAAGCUACAACCCCGAGACGAUGGCCCGUUUGAAGUGUUGGCAAAGGUUCUGGUUCUAGAAGAUUCACCGAGUUCUACACCAUCACAGAAACCCAAGAGCAUAAAAACUCUCGCUAGGGCUACUGUGGUGAUGUUACCUAAAUCCCUGCCUAGCCAAGUCCCAACCAGCAUAGUCGUACAGAAGGUGGAACAAACUCAAGGACCUGACUCAAAACCACCUAUGCUUAUUCAAGGACAGAAGGAGGAGGAAGUUUUGCCUAUGGCAAUAAGCGACCAUCUCCUUAAUUGUGUUGAAGACACACCUCGAGAGGAACCUGUUCUGGAGGAGAUAGAGCCCAUUACCUACCCCCAAGAUUCCAACGUUCAAGAGUCUGAGGAGGAAUCUAUAGACGAAGAAAUACCUAGCACAAAGGAACCAAUAACGUCUAUAGAUAAUCAUGCUUUAUCAGAAGACUUAGACCAAACUUUCUUUGACUCCCUACUUGACGGGUGUGACUUUGUCUGCCCGAAGGAUAGUUGGAGCGAAAAGAGUUGGGAUGAACUUCUGGUAAGUGACGAUGAGGACUCUGCCAUGGGGGAAAGCAAGAUCAUAGUCAUUGAACGACAAAUGGAUAGUCAGCCGAUUGAAGAUAAGGAAGAAAUCAAUUUCGCAAUCAAGGCUAAUGAUGUGGAUCUGUUGAGGAGACUUCCGCCACCACCCACCUAUCUAAAGUUUCCUCCGUAUAUCCUGUUGUCACCAAGCCGCAGGGACGAGUCAAGGAUCCUGGACCUUGACCAAGCGAGAAUUCAAACAAGGUGGCAUCAGAAGAGAGUCAAAAGGGCCAAACUUUAUGACUCUCGGAUCGGAAAGUCAUGGAAAAAGUGGCUAAGGCGUCAAGCUACGGACGUUAAAGAAGCGCUUAACGGGAGGCAACCCGUCAUUCAUUAAAUUAUUUAAAUAAGUUUUUGAGGUUAUGCUUGUCGCACCAGUUUUGGGGGCAAGAGUUAUUUUGUUUGUUUUCUUUGAUUUUCCAAAUGAGAGACCCGUAGGGAAUACCUUACAGAGGAAGCAAAGAAGAGGUCCAGCACGUGGUGAAAACAAAGAGUUUCUGCCAUC